GGGGUUGGGGCCGCGCGCGCUGAGCCUCUGCAGCAUGAGCUCUGAUACACGCGGACACACAGCACGCACACGCACGGCGCACGAGCUGCUGGAGCUACUCGAACUCAACUGACCUGAACUUUCAUCUUAAUCUACCGCACCUUCAUCAUCAGGAGCCGCACAUGCUGAUGGCGCAAAGGUAUGAGGAUUUGGGGCAGUACGGUGGGGUGGAUGGAGUGGGAUUGUAUGCUGACCCCCAUGGCCCCCGAGCUCUGGGUCACCUGCACCACGCGCCCCCACAGGGGCAUUAUGGCACACACACUCCACACGGCAUUAUGGGCACAGGAAUGGGCACGGGCAUCAACGACUCACUGAAGAGGGACAAAGACCACAUCUAUGGUCACCCGCUGUUCCCUCUGCUGGCGCUGGUGUUUGAGAAGUGUGAGUUGGCCACCUGCACGCCCAGAGAUCCUGGAGCAGGAGCUGGAGGAGAUGUGUGCUCCUCGAACUCCUUCAACGAGGACAUUGCUGUCUUCGCCAAACAGAUCCGGGCGGAGAAGCCUUUAUUCACCUCCAACCCCGAGCUGGACAACCUGAUGAUCCAGGCCAUCCAGGUGCUGCGGUUCCACCUGCUGGAACUGGAGAAGGUGCACGAGCUGUGUGAUAAUUUCUGCCACCGCUACAUCAGCUGUCUGAAGGGCAAGAUGCCCAUAGACCUGGUCAUCGAUGACAGAGACGGCUGCAAGUCGGACUUCGAGGAGCUGUCAGGGUCAACGAACCUAACAGAGAAUCCAGCAUCUUGGAGGGAUUUAGAUGAUGCCCACUCCACUCCUUCAGUCGGGACACCAGGGCCAUCCAGUGGGGGCCACGCUUCACAAAGUGGAGACAAUAGCAGUGAACUCGGAUGUAAACAGAGUGAAUUUUAUGAUGUGCUGGACCUUCCCUUUAACGGUGCGUUGGAGUAG